AUGGGAACGGGGUCCCCCUCGGCCAUUCCUGAUGCCACCCCAGAAAGCAUGGGAACGGGGUCUCCCUCGGCCAUUCCUGAUGCCACCCCAGAAAGCAUGGGAACGGGGUCUCCCUCAGCCAGUCCUGACGCCACCCCAGAAAGCAUGGGAAUGGGGUCCCCCUCAGCCAGUCCUGACGCCACCCCAGAAAGCAUGGGAAUGGGGUCCCCCUCAGCCAGUCCUGAUGCCACCUCAGAAAGCAUGGGAACGGGGUCCCCCUCAGCCAGUCCUGAUGCCACCCCAGAAAGCAUGGGAAUGGGGUCCCCCUCAGCCAGUCAUGACACCACCCCGGCAAGCACAGGAACGGGGUCCCCCUCAGCCAGUCCUGAUGCCACCCCAGAAAGCAUGGGAACGGGGUCCCCCUCAGCCAGUCCUGAUGCCACCCCGGCAAGCACGGGAAUGGGGUCACCCUCAGCCAGUCAUGACGCCACCCCAGGAAGUGGGGGAACGGGGUCCACCAUGGUCCCCUUUUCUCCCACCCUCUCUCCGGUCCCCACCGCAGGGAGACCCCCAGGAGAGGCCAGCCUCACCUCUCCCAGCCCAGUCUCCUGGGCGGUGCAGACUCGGGGGACAGGAGACGGCCGCGGUUCCCCGGCGACCCCCGGCUCCUCCACGCCCACAGCCGUGCCUCCACGGUUCGCAUUCAGUGGGCAGACAUCGCCACAGCCCGAGGCCCGCACUGGGUCCCCUUCAUGGUCCCGCAGAACCCUCAGCACGGCCCUCGUGGGCGACAGCCGCGGCCCGUGGACAGCAGGACCAGCCCAGUCCCCUGAGGCCAGUCCUAGCACCCUGCGCGAUGUCACCCCUCCUGCUCCCUCCACAGUGGUCUCCAGCAGGGAGGGCCUUGCGGCCACCAGCCGGAGCUGGGUCAUCCGUGAGACUGCAGGGGUGGCAGUCCUGACCCCGGUCCACGCCGGCCACGGCGCCCUGACCAUGGCCACGUGGGCGCCUGCCUUGUCGGGGGGCGUCUCAGGCAUGCCCAGCCCUGAGCACCCUCCAGCCACUCAAGGGGGGGCCCCCGCGACCAAUCCCACCGCCAGAUCCACGCAUAGGAGCUCCACACGUGAUUACAGUGACGCAGCACGUGCCACGCCGACUCCGUCAGUGUCCCCAGUCCAGACCACUCCAGAAGCUUCCUCGGCAUCUCAGCACCCUGAGAGCGCAGAUCCCACUCCACCGCCAUCCGGAGACGUGGCCCCCUCCAGUCACACAAGCCCAGCUCGGACCACACCGGGUUUCUCUCCCUCCGGCAGCCACUCCUCAUUCUCUCCAGCAGCCCCUGGCCCUGCUGCCACGCCCAGCUCCGCCACCCGGUUCACAGGCCACGCCACCCCGCUUCCUGUGACCAGCACCUCCUCGGCAUCCACAGUGUCCUCGGGGCCAGCUCUGAUGACGGAAACACCUGGAAUGACGACACCCUCCCUUAAGACAGACAGUGGGAGGAACACAGCCGCAUCACUGCCCCCAACAACCUCCCGAACCAUCACCUCCGCCAUUCCCAACACUUCCACAGACACCCGAUCCACAGCUGCCCCCGUCCCCAUCCCAUCUGGGAAAGGAGUUUCCCUCCUCCCCUACGGGUCGGGCGCUGGGGACCUGGAGUUCGUCAGGAGGACUGUGGACUUCGCCUCCCCGCUCUUCAAGCCCCUGACUGGCUUUCCCCUUGGCUCCUCUCUCCGGGAUUCCCUCUACUUCACAGACAACGGCCAGAUCAUCUUCCCAGAGUCAGACUACCAGAUUUUCUCCUACCCAAACCCGCUCCCAACAGGCUUCACAGGCUGGGACCCUGUGGCCCUGGUGGCCCCGUUCUGGGAUGAUGCUGAUUUCUCCAAUGGUCAGGGGACCAUAUUUUACCGGGAAUACGAGACGCUGUACGGUGAACACAACCCGCUAGUCCUGCAGACCGAGUCUUGGAUUAGAAAGAUCACAAGCAACGGGGACUAUGAGGCCAGGUGGACCCUAAAGGUCACGUGGGUCGGCGCCCAUGCCUAUCCUGCCCAGUGGAGCCUCGGGACCAACACCUACCAGGCUGUCCUCUCCACGGACGGGAGCAGGUCCUAUGCCCUGUUUCUCUACCAGAGCGGUGGGAUGCAGUGGGACGCGGCCCGGCAGGCAGGCAGCCCGGUGCUCACGGGCUUCUCCAGCGGAGAUGGCUCUUUCGAAAAUAGCCCACUGAUGUUCCAGCCAGUGUGGGAGAAGUAUCGCCCUGACAGGCUCCUGAAUUCCAACUUAGGCCUCCGAGGGCUGCAGUUCUACAGGCUACACAGGGAAGAAAGGCCCAACUACCGUCUCAUGUGCCUGCAAUGGUUGCGGAGCCAGCCUCAGCGGCCCAGCUGGGGCUGGAACCAGGUCUCCUGCCCUUGUUCCUGGCAGCAGGGACGAUGGGACUUACGAUUCCGACCCGUCAGCAUAGGUCGGUGGGCCCCCGGCAGCAGGCAGCUCUGCAGCUUCACCUCCUGGCGAGGGGGCGUGUGCUGUAGCUACGGGCCCUGGGGAGAGCUUCUUGAAGGCUGGCAUGUGCAGAGUCCUCAGCAGUUCGCCCAGGAACUGGAGCCGCAGAGCUGGUGCUGCCGCUGGAAUGACAAGCCGUACCUCUGUGCCCUGUACCAGCAGAGGCGGCCCCGAGUAGGCUGCGCUGCGCACAGGCCCCCGCGGCCCGCCUGGAUGUUCGGGGACCCCCACAUCACCACCUUGGACGGUGUGAAUUACACCUUCAAUGGACUGGGGGACUUCCUGCUGGUCCAGGCCCAGGACGGGAACUCCUCCUUCCAGCUGCAGGGCCGCACCGCCCAGACGGGCUCAGCCCAGGCCACCAACUUCAUCGCCUUUGCCGCUCAGUACCAGUCCAGCAGCCUGGAACCCGUCACGGUUCAGUGGCUCCUUGAGCCUCACGACAGAAUCCGUGUUCUGCUUGAUAACCGGAAUGUGACAUUUGAACCUGACCACGAAGACGAUGGAGGCCCGGAGACGUUCAGCGCCCCCGGAGUCCUCCUGAGCCGCAGCGGCCCCGGGGUCUCGGCCAGCUUCGAUGGCUCCUGCCGCGGUCUCAGACCUGCGCUCUCCGGCGUCCUCCACGCGGCCGCCAGCCUCCCGCCGGGGUACCGGGGCCGCACCGCGGGCCUCCUGGGGAUCUGGAAUAACAACCCGGAGGACGACUUCAGGAUGCCCAAUGGCUCCACCAUUCCCCUAAGCAGCUCUGAGGCCAUGCUUUUCCACUAUGGAAUGACCUGGAAGAUCAACGGGACAGGCCUCCUGGGCAAGAGGAAUGACCAGCUGCCCUCCAACUUCACCCCUGCUUUCUACGACCAGCUGCAAACAAACAGCUCCUGGGAUGAAGACUUGAUCUCCAGCUGCAGCGGAGACAGAUCCUGCAUCUACGACGCCCUUGCCACGCGCAACGCAAGCAUCGGACUUCACACGCUGGCGCUCCGUAACACCUACGAGCGGGUGAACGCCACCCUCAAUCAGUACCCACCCUCCAUCAAGGGCAGCCGUGUGGUUGAAGCGUACAAGGGGCAGACCGUGCUGAUUCAGUACACCAGCAAUGCUGAGGAUGUCACCUUCAUGCUCAGAGACAAUUGUACUGACUUGAAGCUCUUCAAGAAUGGGACAUUGCUGUGGACACCCAAGUCGCUGAAGCCAUUCUCUCUGGAGAUUCUAGCAAGAAGCGCCAAGACCAACCUGUCGUCUGCUCUCCAGCCCAGGACCACGGUCUGCCACUGCACUGCGAAGAGCCAGUGUUUGUACAACCAGACCAGCAGGGUGGGCGGCUCCUCCCUGGAGGUGGCUGGCUGCAAGUGUGACAGGGGCACCUUCGGCCGGUACUGCGAGCGCUCUGCGGACGCCUGUGAGGAGCCCUGCUUUCUGAAUGUCAGCUGCAUUCCCGGGAAGGGCUGCGAGGCCUGCCCUCCAGGCCUGACUGGGGAUGGGCGGCACUGUGCUGCUCUGGGCAGCUCUUCCCUCUGUCGGAACCAGUCCUGCCCCAUGAAUUAUUGCCACAAUCAAGGCCACUGCUACAUCUCCGAGGCUCUGGGCUGCCGGCCCUCCUGCACCUGCCCCCCAGCCUUCACCGAUGGCCACUGCCUCCUGGCUGGAAACAACUUCACUCCGACCGUCAGCCCAGAACCUCCCUUAAGAGUCAUCCAGCUCUUGCUCAGCGAAGAGGAAAAUGCCUCCAUGGCAGACGUCAACGCCUCGGUGUCAUACAGACUGCGGACCCUGCGCGUGCGGGCCUUUCUCUACAACAGCGAAGUGAACCGAAUCGAUUCCCCGGCACCGGCCUCAGGAAGCCCCGUUCGAUACUGGACGGUCACGUCGCAGUUCCAGUACCGCCCUGGGGGCCCUGUCAUCCACUUCCUGAACGACCAGCUGCUGGCCGCGGUGGUGGAGGCGUUCUUACACCAGCGCGUCCCGCGCAGGAGUGAGGAGCCCAGGAACGACGUGGUCUUCCAGCCCCUCUCCAGGGAAGACGUGAGCGACGUGACCGCCCUGAGCGUGAGCAUGCUGAGGGCUUACUUCACAUGCAGUGGCUAUGAGGGCUACGACCUGGUUUACGACCCCCAGAGCGGCUUCACCUGUGUGUCCCCGUGCAGUAGGGGCUACUGUGACCAUGGAGGCCAGUGCCAGCACCUGCCCAGUGGGCCCCGCUGCAGCUGUGUGUCCUUCUCCAUCUACACGGCCUGGGGUGAGCGCUGUGAGCACCUCAGCAUGAAACUCGAAGCGUUCUUCGGGAUCUUCUUCGGGGCCCUCGGGGCCCUCUUGCUGCUGGGGAUCGGGAUGUGUGUGGUCCUGCAUUUCUGGGGCUGCUCCAGGACCAGAUUCUCCUAUCCUCUGGACACGGAAAGCUGAGGCCUCGCCUUGAAGGGGCAGCUGUGGCCUAGGGUACCUCAAGACCCACCCCAUCCUCACCACACACCUAAGACGCCAUUGCUUUUGGGAGACUGGAAAAGGGAAGGUGACUGAAGACUACUGGGAUUCUUCAAGGAGAAUGAAUACUGGGCCUCAAGACAAGACUAUGCCUUGUGGGUAGGCGCAGGGGCACAUGGGGAGGCCAUAAGGACCAAACGUGCAUGAUGGGUCCUCACACAGACACACCCACACCCACAGGAGGACACUGGCCUGUGCCACACAC